GGCCGCCAUGGCGCCGCCGCCGCGCUGACCGUGCCGCGCCGCCAUGGCCGGGGCCAUCGCGUCCCGCAUGAGCUUCAGCUCCCUCAAGCGCAAGCAGCCCAAGACCUUCACCGUGCGCAUCGCCACCAUGGACGCCGAGAUGGAGUUCAGCUGCGAGGUGAAGUGGAAAGGGAAGGACCUGUUUGAUCUGGUGUGCAGGACACUGGGACUGCGGGAAACCUGGUUCUUUGGGCUGCAGUACACGAUCAAGGACACGGUGGCUUGGCUCAAAAUGGACAAGAAGGUCCUGGAUCAUGAUGUUCCCACAGAGGAACCCAAAACUUUUCACUUCCUGGCCAAAUUUUAUCCUGAGAAUGCAGAGGAGGAAUUGGUCCAGGAAAUCACCCAGCACCUGUUCUUCCUGCAGGUGAAGAAGCAGAUUUUGGAUGAGAAGAUCUUCUGUCCUCCUGAAGCCUCUGUCCUGCUGGCCUCUUAUGCUGUGCAAGCCAAGUACGGUGACUACGAUCCCAAUGUCCACAAGAGAGGCUUCCUGGCACAGGAGGAAUUGCUUCCCAAGCGGGUAAUAAAUCUGUACCAAAUGACUCCAGAGAUGUGGGAGGAAAGGAUAACAGCCUGGUAUGCAGAGCACCGGGGCAGAGCGAGAGAUGAAGCUGAAAUGGAGUAUCUGAAGAUAGCCCAGGACCUGGAAAUGUACGGCGUGAACUACUUUGCCAUCAGGAAUAAAAAGGGCACAGAGCUGCUCCUUGGAGUUGAUGCCUUGGGUCUUCACAUUUAUGACCCAGACAACAGGUUGACCCCUAAAAUCUCCUUCCCAUGGAAUGAGAUCCGGAAUAUCUCCUACAGUGAUAAAGAGUUUACGAUUAAGCCAUUGGACAAAAAGAUUGAUGUUUUUAAAUUCAAUUCAUCAAAGCUGCGUGUGAAUAAGCUGAUUCUUCAGCUGUGCAUUGGGAACCACGACCUCUUCAUGAGGAGGAGGAAGGCAGACUCGCUGGAGGUGCAGCAGAUGAAAGCACAGGCCAGGGAGGAAAAGGCCAGGAAGCAGAUGGAACGACAGUGCUUGGCACGAGAGAAGCAAAUGAGAGAAGAGGCUGAGAGGACCAGAGAUGAGCUGGAGAGGAGGCUGAUGCAGCUGAAGGAGGAGGCAACCAUGGCCAACGAGGCUCUGAUGAGGUCGGAGGAGACGGCGGAUUUGCUGGCGGAGAAGGCGCAGAUCACGGAGGAGGAGGCCAAGCUCCUGGCUCAGAAGGCGGCCGAGGCCGAGCAGGAGAUGCAGCGCAUCAAGGCCACGGCCAUCCGGACUGAGGAGGAGAAGAGGCUGAUGGAGCAGAAGGUGCUGGAGGCAGAGAUGUUGGCACUGAAAAUGGCCGAGGAGUCGGAGAGGAGGGCAAAGGAGGCUGAUCAGCUCAAGCAGGACCUGCAGGAGGCUCGCGAGUCGGAGCGCAGAGCAAAGCAGAAGCUCUUGGAGAUCACUAGCAAGUCUUCCUACACACAGUCCAUGAACUCGAGUACCACAGCACUGCCCACUGACCUGCCAAGCUACAACCUCAUCAGUGAGAGCCUCUCCUUCGACUUCAAGGAUACAGACAUGAAGAGGCUGUCCAUGGAAAUCGAGAAGGAGAAGGUGGAGUACAUGGAGAGGAGCAAGCACCUGCAGGAGCAGCUCAACGAGCUCAAGACAGAAAUCGAAGCACUGAAGCUCAAGGAGAGAGAGACAGCUCUGGAUAUUUUGCACAAUGAGAACUCCAGCCGGGGCAACAGCAAGCACAACACUAUUAAAAAGCCUCAAGCCCAGGGCAGAAGACCAAUCUGCAUUUGAGAAUUCCAAGUAGGUUAUUCCAAGGUACUCUGCGUGGGGGUGCUGGGAUCUGGCUGUGGCACUAACCCGUGCAUGAGCUUGCCUGCGCUCCCACGGUCACCCGUCCGGCCCGGCUCUCCCUCCCUCAGGAGCACUCCCAGCCUCUCUGCAUUUGUUCCUACACCUGAUCCUCCACGCUGGGAAGCUGCUUUCUUGGCAGAAGUUGUGUUGGCAACCUCAGAGGGGGAGUUCAGGUGGAGGCACUUAAAUAAUUCAGCACGCCUGUUUUUGCACCUGUGGUUGAGAAUCUUAUCGGAGGUGCAGGGCAGCCUUUGAAGAUUCCUUUAAUGAAGUAAACCAGCACCUUCCCCCCUUGUUUGUUGCAGAAGGAAAUUCAGGAUGGAUGUAGGAAAAAAUACCCCAAACAAACAGCCAAACCCCCUCAUCUCUGCUGCCAACACUGUUAAAUCGGGCUAAAAAUGCGCAGCUCCGUCUCGGAGCUGAGCAGCACGAGGCUGCUCUGCCUGUUUGAGAAGCAUCCCAGGAAGGUAAAGCAGAGGAUUGAGGACAGCUGGUGUCUGCAGGUGGCUCUUGUGGCAGGGGAAGGUCACCAGCACACCUGAGGACAGGAGUUGUCCUUCUCCCUGCCCUGCCUCUGCCUGUCCCUCACCUCCUCCUGCCCAAGGGUCCUGCUCUGUUAAUGCCACAUCUCUUAUUCCUGGAGCCUGCUUUCCUCCAAGGAUUUGCCCUCAAUCCGCAGGCUGUAUGUGCUGAACAUCCACUCCCUCCUUCGGGAGGAUGAGUUUGGGGAAGCUUUCCUGUUCUGCCCUGGGGUGAAGUUCU